AUGCAGCCGAGUAUAAAAUUUGCCGAGUGGCCUGAGCCUGAAGAGGACGAGACAGGUGAAAUAGAUGGGGCAUUAUUGAGUAUCGACCUGGGGUUAACGAUGAAAAAGGGGGCCCCACAUGACAGCUCUGGUAAGUGGAGAUCAACUAUUUCUUUAGUCCUCCCCUCCAGCCAUAUCCCGGUCCUUAUUGUACGAGGCUCCGAGUCCUUAUCAUUCAUUGUGCCAGCUUUUCUUCGAGCGUUCCGUCAUUUUUGGAAGAUGCAGUGGUGGAAGAGGCGGAGGAUAACCAAAGUUAUCGGCUCUAGCCAUUAUCCUCUUGUACUGAAAAGUUACUCUCUUUGCUCAGGUUCGCAGCGGGGAGGGGCUGAAGAAGAGGAAGAAGACGAUAUGAACACUAGCGCUCCCGUCAUCUCGAGGACAACUUUUAACGAAGGUGAGUACCUCCAUUACUGUUAUAACCUUCGGGAACAAACAUGGACAUUGGCCAAAACUGCUCUAAUAAUAUGA